GCGCCGGCCGUCCUCGUUCCAGCUGUACCAGUAUCCCGCGGCCACGCACGACGUGGUCGGCCGUACCAAGCAGGCGGUCCAGCAGGACCAGCGGAGCACGAUAGCCAGUCUGCCAACGCCCCUGCUGCCAUACCCCCCACCGCGCAGGUCGACCCCGCCACUUCAACGGCGGCCGCGGGCGUGCAUCCUGUCGAACAUAAGAGGACCCACGUUCGUCGACGACCUCUUCGCAACAGGCAACAGCAGAUGGACAUACUGACGACGACCACGUCGCAGCCUACUACCCUACGAAUCCGCACCCGACCCCAUUUUCGUCCCCAGAGCCGUCCUCAGGAGUCCGCCACGAGCGCCCAGCGGGUGCACCCACAGCCCACAGCCCGUCCUGGCGCCUCGCACACCAUCCUGGGACCCUUCAUGAUGGCGCUGCGCGAACGCCUGCCGGGCGCGCGACCCGUGCUGCCCUCUGCGGGGACGCUUGAAGCCGUGGACACGACCACCAAGCCCUCGACGGCCGCAGGGCCUACGCAGGCCUUGAGCGGCGAGGAUGUGGCCACCAUCAAGAAGAUCGAGGCGCUGCAGUCGGGACAGGUCGACCUUGCGCCCACGAAUCGCAUGGCCAGGCUAAGUUCGUUGCAGAGCAUGCUCGUGGCCAACCUAGUGGCUCUCCAGAGGGAGCUGGCCGAGCGGCACGCUGACCUGCGUCGACACAUGGACAGCCUGCACCUGCCCGCCGAGCACCGCGCCGAGGGCAGCGCACGCACGUUCGAGUCCUCCACGAGCACACCAGCAACGCCGGUCACCGUCACGACCGGCCCCAUGCGGAGGAAAUACCGGCGGCCACCCGCCUUCCGAAAGCCCCCCGCACCCGCCGAGGACAAGGAGCAGGCCGUCAAUGACAACAAGAUACCUUACCAGACGUUGUUCAAGAAGAGGACCGGCGGGCCGACUGGCAAGCUGAGGGUUGGGGAGGCUACUGCCACUACCACGACUACCAGCACUACCACGACUACGACGGCCGCACCGACAACCACCUCCCCGACCGAUGUGAUGACCACCACCGUUGUGGACGAUCACGAGAUUGUCACAGACGCGCCGGCCACGACAACGGAGGCCAACGUGGAGGUCACUACGACGUUUGCCGCUGAUGAGGACCGGAAUGCGCCGACCUCGGAGGACCCUGUCGGGAUCGGGACCACAGAAGCAUUGUCGAUCACCACCAGCUACCCGAGCUCCACUGCUUCAUCGACGCCGCAGACGGAGCUGGACUUGGUCGGGUCCACCGACUCGCCGACCGACAUCGGCGCGGAGGGCUCCGCACCGGCCUUUGCGUCGGCUCCAGCGCCCGCACCCGUGGCCGCCGCGCUGACCGCCGGCAGCGCUGUCCUCCAGGGUCCCGCGGAGCAGCUCCCCGGGGUCGCCGAGGGCCUCCAGCAGGGCCUGCUCGGCUUCCAGCCCUCCCCGCGGGACCCGGUGCUCCGGCCCAGCAGGGCGGGCCGCGGGCCCAGCCGGCUGGCUCUGCUCGGCGGCCUGCUGCCCGAGGACGACCCCGCCCUGGCCAGCGGGCUGUUCAGCCUCGACAGGCGGGACCGCAGCGCCUUCCGCGCGCCCGUGCAGCUGGAGGGCGGCUUUUUGCCCAUGAUCGCCGGGUCGGUGGGGGCGCUCCAGUCGGCCGGCGCGCCGCAGAUCGUCGGCCCCAUCCCCGGCGGCUACCGAGAUGUUCUCAGGGGUUCACCAGUGCAGCUGGACCUUCCACGCCCGGACAGGCCCUCCGACUUCCUCCGCCGGCCAGUGGCCCCCGCUGCCCCCACCGCCCCCGCCGCCCCCGUAGCCCCCGUAGCGCCCGCCCCCGUCGCCCCCGUCGCCCCGCGCUUUGUCCAGAGGGUCCAGAGGGUCCCUGUCCGGACGGCGGCGGUCACUGCUCCCCUGCGCCAGGGAUAGGGCACAAACCCCACGGGGGCGUCUUUUGACCGAGCGUCCAUUGACCGUCUCUCCUAACUUUCAGACUCUGCUUGCUAGUCCAUCGUGAUUCUUCCCCAGACUCGCAGCUAUGUUUGUCCCUCGCAUAUGACGCACCAAGGUCACGUUCCUUCCUCUUAGUAUUAAUUAGUAGUAAUACAUGUUGUCAGUUCUCUUAGGAAAAUGCCCUCAGGGUAUAGCUGGACGUAACUUAAGAUAAGACACCAAAGUUGAAACAGAUGCACGGACCAUGGAGGUAGUUGUUUUUCAUACCAUGUUAGCGGAUAGGUCCGUUUGAAAGAUGCCACUAGCUAUAUUUCAUCGAAUAAUUUAUUUUAGCAAUAGUUAAUGUUAGUUUGAAUCAACUACAGUAAAUUGUAAUUUGUGAGUUUAAGAUUAAAUUAUUUGUACAAAUACCAUCUAA